AUGAGUCCCACGGACCGGGAUCGGCCACGGCUCCAAGUCAGCCGAGCCUGCGUCCACUGUCAGAGACGCAAAACGCGCUGUGUAGGGAGCAACAACGGCCAGAGGGCUUGUACUUACUGCCUGAACACUCGGAAAACGUGUAGUUUUGACCAACGCCCGGAUCGAACCCCGCUCACUCGCAAAAACCUUGAUGAUGCUGAGAGGCGCUGCAUGCAAUUGAGGUCGCUUCUAGAGAAAUUCAAUCCUGGCUUGGUUAUUGACGCCGAGCUCGCAACAUUCGGUAGUAGUUCUGAUGUUGUACAAGAUUCACCCAAUGAUGUUGAGGAUGGCGCGGCUCGGGAAGAUUAUGAGUGGAAUGAGGCCUCAUCGCACGUCUCACCUGGUUCCUCAGCUAUGCACAAGGAUGGCAUGGCAAUUCUACCAAGCCUCAAUGCUGGAUACCUCGGCCGAAGUUCAGGGUCCGAGAUUCUUCAAGAGGUUACGGCCUUACUCCCGCCAUCCACGAUUCUAUCACCCAGUGGCAGUGAUGAAUCCCACCCGCUUCCCGCUCAGCCUACUGCGAGAGGAAUUGGCCCUGACCCUCCACAGCUUGCAUCUUUGGCAGUCAUCAACACGUUGAUUGAUGGGUAUUUUCGCCUGUACAACGCCUCUUACCCGAUUCUCCACGAGCCAACAUUCCGAAGCGAAGUCGCCAACCGAGACAGGGUGUGUGCCAACCCGACCUGGCGUAUAAUAUACUAUAUGGCUCUGGCCAUUGGGAGCUGGCUGCUGGACAACAACACAACUCCCGAGCAAUGCCCGUUUUACUCUGCUGCUAGAUCACGUAUCUCGAUGCAGGUAUUUGAGGCCGGUACUAUCAGAACUGUUCAGGGUUUGCUUCUGAUGGGCAACUAUCUUCAGAAGCGAGACAGACCGAAUACUGGAUACAGUCUCAUCGGCCUUGCCCAAAGGAUCGCAUUCGGGAUUGGUUUGCACCGGGAGAGGCCGUCGGCGGAGGACAAGGUCGUGUUCGAGCGGCAUCGACAACUGUUCUGGGUCGUUUACUGUUUUGAUAGUGGUUUCAGCAUCACCACUGGCCGCCCGAUGGCAGUUCUUGAGGGGUUUAUAGAUCAAGCUCUACCUAGGAACAUUGACGACCAAGACUGUGAUAAUUCAUCCGUUGUGCCGGCUCCUGUCAACUACCCUACCACUUACUCCGCCCUUAUUGCUCAAGCUCAGCUAGUCAGGAUCGCAAACGGGAUUCACCACGAGUUCCUCUCCGCAAAGACGGCCAACCAAAAAAUGGAGUACCAACUGGCUGAGAUCAUGGCCCAGAAGCUGGACGUGUGGAGAGGCAACCUCCCGACAUACUUUACUAGCCCAGAUGUCCCGGCCUGGUUUCUGGGCCCGCGGUCAAUCGUUUUGUGGAAAGAGCAAAAUUUGCGCAUUUUGCUAUGGAGGGGAACCAAAAAGGUUCAUCCAUAUUUGCCGAGUCGCAUGGAUGCCAGGAGUCGCUGCCUUGACGCCGCGAUGGAGACUAUACAGUCCAUCUCCUCCUUUGUCGCCUCCUAUGAAAGUAGUCUGCACCCUGGAAUCGUUUGGUAUGGGACCUACUUUAUCUUCCAGGCAAUCCUGGUACUCGAAGCCAGUUGUCUUGGCCGAGAUGGCCAACCUGACCAAGAUUUGAGGGGGUGGGAGGCUUCAAUAUCUGCCGCCACCCAAUGUCUUGAGUCACUUGCCCGAGGGAAUAGCUCUGCUGCUCUCUGUCUCGAGUUCAUUGAGAGGAUUCAUCGUUCAGUGGGAUCAAAGGCCGGAGAAAUGCCUGGUACCCAGAUGGAUUCUACGCAGCAAGCCACGGAUGGUAUCCUCACCUAUGACUAUCUUUUUGAUCCGACGGCCUGGACAUCGGAAAUGGACAGUAUCGCCACUGAUCCGGUUUUACGAGAGCUCAUUGGCGAGGCCUUUUUGGAUUUUGACGGUGUACCUGGUGUGACCUUGGGCCCUGACUUGGACUCUUGA